AUGCGUGCGGACGCCCGCUUCGCGCGGCCAGAGCGUGACUCCGCUAUACCUACCAGCCAAAGCUUGUCUGACGCCGAAACACGGGCGCCUGAGCCCGCGCAGACAGGCAGCUACGAGCUCCAUCCGCUUCCCAUUAAAACAGCCCCUGCUCGCUUCAGCCCCCAUGACGACAGCACCGUUCCUUCUCAGCGACCUGAGUUCUCCUCCGAAACCGACGACCCAGCCAUGUCGCGCGCACCGCUGCUGGUGCGCUCGUCGCCAGCCCAGGGCACCGGUUCUUAUGGCGGUCUGCCGGUCCUGUCGCUCAGCUCCAGCCCGGACGACUCAGACGGUCAUGUGACCAACCUUCUGCGACGCGGCAAGAAGAAAGGGAAAAGCAAGCUGCGAAACAGCGAGCCCUCUAUGAGACGAAACUAUAUCGAAUCCAGCAACGAUGAUUCCAUCCAGAGCGAACCACCUUUUUCGGCCUCUGCACGACGCCGCACGCCUAGGGAUGCGAACAGCAGCGCGCCUCUCGACGACAUACUUGCUGGCCAGGAAGAAUCGCUAGAAGCACGUUUCAACACGGGUGGAAUGACGGCGUCUGGUAUUGCUGCUCCACGUGUCUUUGAGAGCCUACAGUCAUCAUCCACAAGCAGCCCCCUGGGUGAAACCGACGAAGACGACGACGACGACUCAUCUGCCGAGGCAGACCUGCAUGAUAGCAAAGCCAACGGCCACGUUGCUGACAACUCCCCCUACGCCCAGGUGCGAGCGGCAGUAGGCGCCAGUGAUGAUUUUACACUGUCCAUCAACACGCCACGCAUGUGGAUCCUGUCCAUUUUGUUUGCCAUAUUAGGAUCUUCUACAAACCUUUUCUUUUCUUUGAGAUACCCCAGCGUCAGCAUCACGCCCAUCAUUGCUCUUUUGCUUGUUCAUCCACUUGGCCUGCUGUGGGAUCAGGUCUUGAAACGACCUCAUGAUCCUGAAGAAUUAUUCGAAAAUGGAGUGCUUGCCUCAAGAGGGGACAGCCAGACUGGGUCAAGGCACAGCACUAAUGUCCUCUCCUCCUCUCUUCCUUUGAAAACACGAUGUCGACUUUGGCUGGCUCAGGGCCGCUGGAAUCUAAAAGAGCAUUGCUGCGUGUACAUUAGCAGCAAUGUAUCGUUUGGUUUCGCGUUCGCCACAGACGUCAUUGUUGAGCAAACCAAGUUCUACCAUCAGGAUCUUGGUAUUGUGUAUCAAGUAUUGCUUACGUUGUCCACACAAAUCCUCGGCUAUGCCCUCGCUGGUCUCACACGACAAUACCUUGUUCGACCAAGCGGCAUGAUAUGGCCGGGCACGCUUGUCCCGGCCACCAUGUUCACGGCGCUGCACAAGGACGAAAAUAAGCCAGCCAAUGGAUGGACCAUAUCGCCAUCUAAGUUCUUCGUACGCGUGCUACUUGGCGCCGUCGCAUUCUACUUUUUACCUGGUCUUCUCUUCCCCGCACUGAGUUACUUCAGUGUCAUCACAUGGUUCGCACCGAAAAAUGUCGUGAUUGCCAACCUGUUUGGAGUAUCUUCUGGACUCGGCUUAUUCCCUGUGACAUUUGACUGGGCGCAAAUUGCUUACAUUGGAUCUCCGCUCAUCAUUCCGUUUUGGGCAGCCCUCAACAUCCUCGGCGGGCUCGUUGUAGUCAUGUGGAUCUUGGCUCCAAUCAUGUACUACAUGAACGUGAUGUAUUCUUCGUACAUGCCGAUACUCUCGACGAUUGUAUUCGACAAUCGCGGCAAGCCCUACGACGUGGACAAGAUAUUAACUGACAACUUCUUGUUUGACAAAGAAGCAUACGAAAGCUAUAGUCGUGUUUUCCUUCCUAUCACUUAUGUUCUAAGCUAUGCGCUACAGUUCGCUGCGCUCACAGCGUUGGUCACUCACACAGCUGUCUGGCACGGAAAAGAUAUCGUAAAGCAGUGGCGUCACUCAUGGGCGGAAAUACGAGGAAGACCUGGCGCUGCCUAUGAACCUUUACAGACUGCGGAAAACGGUCGCGCUAGCUCCGAGAGGGUUCAUAGAAUGAGCACCUCGUCCGAGCCGGAACUUGAGAACCUGCUCACAGCCGAAGAUGUCCAUAACCGCCUCAUGCGAAGAUACGACGACGUUCCGAUCUUCUGGUAUCUGAUGACGGGGGUUAGCAUGGGCGCGAUAGGCAUGUUCGUUGUCGAGUACUAUCCCAUCCAUCUACCUUGGUACGGCCUAUUGUUGGCUCUCGGUAUCGCCGUCACCCUCUUCGUCCCAAUCGGCAUCAUAAUGGCCAUCACAAACCAGCAGAGCAGUCUCUAUCUUAUUUGCCAGCUCAUCUGCGGAGUAAUCUUUCCCGGCCGCCCCGUCGCAAACAUGGUCUUCACAACGUACGGCUACAUCACCUCAACCCAAGGACUUAAGUUCUCCUCGGAUCUGAAAUUGGGCCACUACAUGAAGAUACCGCCCAAGAUACUCUUCAACCUCCAACUUUCCGCAACCGUCAUCUCGAGCUUGACGCAGAUUGGCGUGCUGAACUGGAUGCUCGCUUUCGUACCCGGCAUCUGUACGUCAGAAGCCAUCAACGGCUUCACCUGCCCCAUCGCGCGCGUUCACUUCAACGGCAGUAUCCUAUGGGGCGUGGUCGGCCCCAAACAGUUCUUCGGCCCGGGCGCGCUCUACCGCCCGCUCGUGUGGGCCUUUCUCCUCGGUGCUAUCGCGCCAAUCCUCCUAUGGCUCCCUGCCCGCCGCAAUCGCAAAUCAAUCCUCCGCCGUAUCAGCUUUCCUGUUGUCUUCGGGUCCCUGUCAUGGAUCCCUCCGGCAACUGGUCUGAAUUUCAGCGUCUGGGCCAUCGUGUGCUAUGUGUUCAACUACCAUAUCCGGAAUCGGAGGAAGGAGUGGUGGAACAAAUACAACAUGACACUGAGUGCAGCUUUGGACAGCGGUUUGGCGGUUGGUGUGGUGAUCAUCUUCUUCGUAUUCGUCUUCCCGGGAUGGAUGGAUGGAUUCAAGUGGUGGGGUACGGAGGUAUACAAGCAGGGUUGCGACUGGAAAGCUUGCUCGUACAGAACGGUCAAAGAUGGUGAAAACUUUGGACCGCCGAAGUGGUGA